AGCGGGAGCUGGCGGCGGCGCCAUUUUGUUUUAUUUGAAAGUUGGGCCGUUAGCGGCGGUUGGGGAUUUGAAUCUAUUUCUUUUCCCCUUUUUUCCCCUUUUUUUCCCCCCCUCCCUUCACCUCUACCCCCCCGCGGCCGGGACGGGCGGCACUCGAGGCCGAGGAUGAGCGGCCUGGACGUGAAGCGCUUGAAGGUGGCUGAGCUGCGGCAGGAGCUGCAGGAGCGCGGCCUGGAGACGCGAGGCCUGAAGGCCGACCUGGCGCAGCGGCUGCAGGAGGCCCUGGACGCCGAGAUGCUGAACGACGAGGCGGGAGGGGACGAGGCGAGGCCCGCCAGCAAGGCCUACGGGCCGGGGCCUGGGGCCGGAGCCGGGGCGGGAGCGGCGGACGGCGAGGAGGAGGCGGGAGACGACGACAAGCUGCUGCUGGGAGGCGAGGAGGAGGAGGAGGAAGAGGACGAGGACGAGGAAGAAGAGGAGGAGGAGGAGGCGGCGGCGGCGACGGAGACGGAGGCCACCGCUCCACCUCGGGCCCAGGCCUCGGCUCCGGCCCAGCCCCAGGCCGGGGAUCAGGCCCAGUGUCCGGUGGAGCACGAGGCCGACGCCGAGGCCCCGCAGCCGCCGGUGAAGCUGAAGAAGGAGGUGGAACAGCAGCAGGAUGGCGAAGACGAGGAGGUGGAGGAGGAGGGAGACGAGGGGAUGGAGCAGGAGCCCAAGCCCAAGGCCCAGGUCCAGGCCCAGGAGGAGGCCGAACCCGGCCAGAAGCAACAGCCUGAGGACGAGCAGCAGAACGGAGACAAACCGCAGGCGGCGGCCCAGGCCGGUAAGCUGAACAACGAGCAGGAGCCAGGAGAGGGCGCGAGCAAGGAGCGUGCCUCGGGCAGCGAUGAGCGACCACACGAAGCCGAGCGGCGGGGCCAGAAAAGACGCCACGAAGACCGCGGGCGCGUGUACUACGAGUUCAGGGAGGAGACAAACUACAACCGGGCCAAGUCCCCGGUGCCUAUGGGGAAUGAGGAGACUGAAGAAGAAUUUGACGACAGUUUAGUUUGUCUCGACACCUAUAACUCUGACCUCCACUUCCAAGUGGCGAAAGACCGCUACGGUGGGCAGCCCCUCUUCCCGGAGAAGUUUGUCUACCUCUGGGGCGGUGCGCGGGCUACCUACGGCGUGACGAAGGGCAAGGUCUGCUUCGAGGUGAAGAUGACCCAGAAGUUCCCCGUGAAGCAGCCGGCCGAGACUGAAAAUGAACAUCAUGUCGUGCGUGUGGGGUGGUCACUGGACAGCUCCGGGCUGCAGCUGGGAGAAUCAGAAUUUUCCUUUGGCUACGACGGAGCUGGGAGAAAAUGGAGCAACUCCGCAUUCGAGAAGUACGGGGAGACCUUUGGUGAAAAUGAUGUAGUCGGUUGUUUUGCGAAUUUUGACGGCGAGGAUGUGGAACUCUCCUUUGCACUGAACGGCACGUGUCUCGGAGUCGCCUUCACCGUCGGCAAGGAGUCUUUGGCCGACAGGGCCAUGUUCCCCCAUGUCCUGACUAAAAACUGUGCACUCGAGUGCAACUUUGGUCAGAAGGAGGAGCCACUCUUGCCCGUCCCCGAGGAUUACACUCUCGUACAGAACGUGGCCCUGGAGGACCGAGUUCGCGGGGCAAUUGGACCCAAGACCCGGGAUGCCUGUGAAGUUCUCUUGAUGGUCGGCAUGCCAGGGGUUGGCAAGACCACCUGGUUAAAGAAGCACGUGGAAGAGAAUCCAGAGAAAAGAUACACCAUCCUGGGAACCCUCAACAUUCUCGACAGGAUGAGGCUCAAAGGGCAGGAUGGUCCGGCAACGAGCCUGGCGCAUCGGAACACACUCAUCCAGCAAGCAACCCAGUCCUUAAGCAGACUGAUCCAGGUCGCUGCUUGCAAGAAACGCAACUACAUCCUCGAUCAGAGCAACGUGUACAGCUCGGCCCAGCGGCGGAAGAUGACGCCCUUCACGGGCUUUGCCCGCCAGGCGGUGGUGAUCUGCCCCAGUGACGAGGACUGGAAAGCCCGGAUGAAGCUGCGGCUCGCCGAGGAGAGCGAGGACCUGCCCGAGUUUGUGCUGCACGAAAUGAAAAUGAACUUCACGCUUCCCGAGACGAGCGACUUCCUGGACAAGGUGACCUUCGUGGAGCUGGAGAAGGAGGCGGCCAGCAAGCUGAUGAACAAAUACAGGGAGGAGGCGAAGAAAGCCCGGUCUCAGCAGGAGAAGCGGCAGGACCGGCGCAACUACCGCAACCGCAACGACCGCGACAGAAACUACGGAGGCAAUCGCAUGGCCAGGUGGGACAACAGGAGCUACGAUCGGCAAGGGUACAGCCAAGCCUGGGCUCCUGUCUACGGCAACAACCCGGCAUCCAGAGAGGGUUACCCCAAAGCCUACGAUCGCUACAGGCAGCAGUACGACCGUGGUUACACGCAGCCCUACGACAACCCCCGAAAAACCGGGACUACUACCGGGAGUACGCCCGCGAGUGGCAACGCUACAGUGACGAGCGAAACCGCUACUACAACAGCUACUACGGCUACCGAUGAGAGUGCGACCUUGUACCCAUCCCCAGCCCGCCUCCAACAUAGUUUCAUUCCACUGGAGCGGCAAGGUGGCUGUGGGGCUUUAACUCAAAAACCCCUUUUUUUGGCUAGUGUUUAGAUGUUAUGUUUUUAAUUUUAUUCUUUCUCAUGUUAACAAAAAAAGGGGGUGCCUGGCUUUCCAGGGCACUCCAGCUUCUUCCUUGGCAGACAGACCUACCACAGUAGUUAAUAUGGAAUGUAUAAAAUGCAUUUGGCACACUUGCCGCGACUGUGCACAUUA